ACCAACACAGCCCCUUCUUCCCAAAUACUGGAAACCCUAGAAAUUUGUCCGUGUUUACAAUGGCGUGCACGAUUGAUUUUAGGUCCCUAGACGAGGGAUUUGGCGGCAAGACCUUCAAGCGAAAGAGAGCCGAACAAGAAGCCGAUAAGCUAAAAUUAUUGAAUCCCUCUCCUGAGCAUGACGGCAUGGACGUCGACAACGGGAAUCCACCUCCGUCGAAGAGACAGGCAGUUCCUUCUUCUGAUGAUCCCAACAAGCCGUCCGCUUCGUCCUUCGGAAAGCCGACAUACGACGGGGUGAUAGCGGGAAAGUUGUCCGGCCGCAAGUGGAAGCAGGCAAGGACGCGGCGGUCGUCUGCGGUGCAGGUGAGCAAAAAAGGAACGACAUUUGAGCAGAGAGCGAAGGAGAAGGAGAUAAAGAAAGCGUACGUGGAGAGAAUGAACGAGCUGAAGGAGGAAAUACGGCGGAACAAACAGGAGAAGCGGAAACAGAAAGAGGAGCGUGAGAAGAAAAAACAGGAGAACAUACUCAGGUCAGGGACUAAGCUUCAGAAAAUUACAAAUCCCAAGACUCUUAAGAAGAUCGCCAAGUCCAAGCAACGCAAGCUCCUCAAGGUCGUACCCGAUGAUGUUCUUGGUGGCAGUAAGAAAACUAAAAAGGAUUGAAAUUAACAGUUUUGUUUCGUUUUGUCAUAAUGAGAAUCUGUGGAAUCUUGGUCGAUUUUAUUCACUGAAUUACGAUUAAAUUGUUUUGCUUUAAAAUUUUUGUGAGAAUAUGUUGUUUUCUAUUGAUACUCGUUGGGUGGGUUUUUGGUUUUUAUCUCAUGACAAUCGAAUCAAUGCAUCCUUUAUUUAUAGGUAGGUGAGAUUGAGAUUAAGAAGAGAAAAUCUUGUUUAAUUAUCAAUCAUCGUGUAUUUUGGUGUCUUUCCAGUUCAUCAAAGAAAGCAAUAUGUAAUGACUGGAAAUUGAGUAUGAGGUGAUUCUUGA